GACGAGCCAAGGGCCACACUGCCGGAGACGCGAGGCGAAGAGAUGGCCAGCGAAGAGUACGAGGUCGAGAAGAUCGUGGAGCACAAAUGGGAUAAGAAGAAGAGGAAACGGGUCUACAAGGUGCGCUGGGUGGGGUACGGCCCCUUCUACGAUACGUGGCAGACGGAGAAGGACCUCAAGAACGCGGACGAGGUGUUGAGGAAGUAUCAGAGGCGGUAUAAUCUA